CGAACGAAGAUAAAUGUAUUAGACUGGAACUGAGCUGUACUAUAUGGUAUGAAUAUCUUGGUAAGAAUGUCUAGGCUCUCCUUAGCACACCAGACGCGAACGCGGAUGCGAUAGAAAUUAAUUGAAUCUAUUUCCAAUGAUACUAAGUAGGGUUUCACUCAGUAAUUAAUGAUUGGACAAUCUGAUGUGUUCAACAUAUUGGUCUCUAUUAGCUGUCUAGGCUGAAUCAGAGACAUUCUUAUUGAGUGCUUAAUAACAGCGUAUGCUUUUAUGAAAUCAAGCUUCAAGUUUUAUUGUAAGUAAUAGGCGACUUUAUGGGUUCGCGUCUAGUAAGUGUCAAUUAAGUGUUACGAUUGAGUGUCAGUCGACUGAAAGUUCGUCAGGAUGACCAAAAAAACAGCCUCGGAUAAAUUGAGAAAAAAUCCGAUCGAGAAGGCGAACCCCCUUAGCCGAUUAUUUUUCUGGUGGACGUUGGAGUUAUUCAAAAGAGGAGCUCGCAAUGGAAUCACCAUGGAUGACCUUUACACUCCGUUGCCGGCUGAUAAGUCCGAGACUUUGACUGAUAAUUUGGAAAGGGCAUGGAGCGAUGAGUUAAAGAAGCUGAAACCCAAUCAAUCUCAAAAAAACGAUGAUAAUCAUACAACAAAACCAGUUAAGCCAAGUUUGCUGCGAGCAAUCAUCAAAACCUUUUGGGUGAAGUUUGCAGUAAUGGGAAUGUUCCAAUUGAUUGAGCAGCUUGUUUUAUUCAAUUUGCAGCCAAUCAUUCAAAGUAUCAUAAUUUCAUACUUUCAAGCUAAAAAUGAGAAUCCGAUGACUCAAAAUGAAGCCCUGAGCUGGGCUGUAGCGCUCAUCAUCGUGAAACUAGGAAUCACUUUGAUAGUUCAUCACAUGAAUUUCUUCGGACAGAUAUUGGGAAUGAGAUUGAGACUAGCUUGUUGUUCUCUUAUCUACAGAAAGAGUUUGAAACUCAGCAAAACUGCGCUUGAUGAAACUCCGGCUGGCCAGGUGGUGAAUCUUCUCAGCAACGAUGUCAAUCGCUUCGAUUUGCUUCCUGAGUUCCUUAAUUAUCUAUGGAUCACACCACUUCAGAUCAUUGUGAUCGGAUACAUAAUCUGGCGCAGUAUCGGGAUCUAUACUCUGGUGGGCUACGGAAUGCUCUUCUUGAUAACGAUUCCGAUGCAAAGCUACGUGGGAAUGGUCACAGGAAAGCUCAGAGAUGUUACCGCUAAAUUAACUGAUCGACGAGUCCAGCUCAUGAGUGAACUAAUCGCCGGCAUUCAAGUUGUAAAAAUGUAUGCAUGGGAGAGACCAUUCAAUAAAAUAGUCACGCAAACAAGAUCGAAUGAAAUAAAACAGAUACUUCGGUCAAAUAACAUACGGGGGUUGUAUUCCAGUUCUUCCGAAUUCACACAAAAGGCGAUGCUGUUCAUGACACUGGUUAUCUUCAUAAUGAUCGAUGAUAAUCCAAUCAAUCCAGAAAUCACCUUCCAAGUGUCAAUUUAUUACAGCACUCUUCAAUUGCUCAUGACGAUAUUCUUCCCGAUAUCAAUUAUUUCACUGAUCCAAAGUAUCGUAGCUGUCAAAAGGAUUGAGGAAUUUCUUUUGCUGGAUGAGAUUGAAAGAAAGACAGAAGCGCUGACAAUCGAAUUUUUUAAGAUGUCAAAAUUUGAUGAAAGUUUGCAGAAAAAAGUUGCGCCAGAAGCUGUUGUAGUUAAGUUAGACAAAGUUUCAGCCAAUUGGAAGAUUGGCCAAUUGCCUCCAACAUUAUCUGAAGUGUCACUGAAGAUCAACGGAGGAGAACUUUGUACUCUGGUAGGCCCAGUCGGUUCGGGCAAAAGUUCUUUUUUGAAUUUGCUCCUGCAGGAGCUGCCAAUUGGUGCUGGAACGGUUGGACUAUUCCAGUUCUCUGAUGGAGAAUCAAAAGAUGCAAAAUCUCAAUCAGGAUUUAUACAGGACAAUCCUGAAAUGAAGAUAUCAUACGCUAGUCAGGAUCCGUGGCUCUUUACAGGAACUGUGAGAGAGAACAUUCUCUUUGGACUAGAGUAUGAUAAAACGCAUUAUCAAGAGGUGACGAAAGUUUGUUCUCUUCUGCGGGAUUUCAAACAUCUGCCCAACGGAGAUCUAACUAUCGUCGGAGAACGAGGAGCUUCACUAUCGGGCGGCCAGAGAGCGAGAGUCAAUUUGGCUAGAGCAAUCUACAGACGAGCCGAUCUGUACCUUCUAGAUGAUCCGUUGAGUGCUGUUGAUGCACGUGUCGCUCGACGGCUCUUCAAAGAUUGUAUCCUCGAGUAUCUGAAAGGCAAAACGCGGAUCUUGGUUACGCAUCAGCUCAAUUAUCUCAAGCAAGCUGAUACUAUCGCAGUUUUGGAGCACGGCUCGAUUAAACAUCACGGAACUUUUGAUACUUUAAUUCAAACGAGUGUUGUUUUCAACAAUAUGCUCAACGCUCUAAAGAAGAACGAGGACGAAAACGAAACUGAAGCUGUUGUUGAAACUGUCAAGGAGCAAAGUCCAGAUAAGCAAGAGACGGAAAUCGCAAACGAAAAAAAUAAAUUCUUCCGUCGGGCCAAGACCAGGAUGUCCCAAAUUUCGAUCAGAUCUCACGAUAGUUACAAAUUUAUGGUCAAUGAAGACGCUGAUGGAGUGGAUCUGAAAAAUACUAUCCCCGACGAAGUAAAGAGCGAAGGAUUCAUCUCCAAAGAGAUUUACUUCCGAUAUUUCCGUGAAGGUGGUGGGAUCAUUGGAUGCCUUCUGCUGGUCCUGAUGUUCAUUUUGACCCAGGUUGCUGCGGUUGGUGUCGAUCAGUGGAUGACUUUCUGGACAACUCUAGAAACAUUCAGACCUUGUAUCCAGAGUGCAGGUGGUGUCUGUUCAGGGGCUGUACGUGAAUCUAACGCUCUCAUCAACAACACGAUAUUGAGAUCACUUCUUGAUAGCGAUGGUUUGCUACCCGCCGAAACUGCAGUCUACAUCUACCUCGUUCUUCUCAUCACUUUUAUCACUCUGUCUAUGUCCAGGGCCCGUUUUCUCAUAUGGGUCGGCAUGAGAGCUGCACGCAAGCUCCACAAUCAAAUGUUUUCUAAUCUUCUCCAAGCGACCAUGUAUUUCUUUAACACUAAUCCUUCGGGUCGACUUUUAAACAGAUUCUCAAAAGAUGUUGGAGCAAUGGAUGAUUUACUUCUACAGUUUAUGAUUGAAUCAUUUCUUAUACUGAUAGGAGUUGUUGGUAUCUUGGUAAAUAUCAUUUCUGUCAAUAUCUGGAUGAUAGGAGUUACAGUCAUUAUCGGGAUUGUAUUCUACUUUUUAUCAUUUUACUAUCUGAGAGCUGCCCAAGAUGUCAAGCGACUGGAAGGAAUCACAAAAAGUCCAGUUUUUACGCACGUUAGCACAACACUGAAUGGUCUAACUACGAUAAGAAGUUGUGGAAAAGACGUGCAAAUAACAUUAAGAAACGAAUUUGAUCGGUAUCAAAAUGAACACACCAGAGCAUGGUACUUAGUUGUAGCUUCUGGAUCAGCAUUUGGUUUCAGUAUAGAUUUAAUCACUUGCAUCUUUAUUGCUGUUUUAUGUUUUCUUUUAAUUUUAAUUAAUUCUGAAAACACUUUUGGUGCGUCAGUUGGUCUAGCUAUUUCACAGUCAUUAGUUUUGACGGGUAUGCUACAACAUGGAGUAAAGCAAAUGACUCAAGUAAUAUCACAGAUGACAGCUGUAGAGAGAAUAAUUCAGUACACUGACUUACCAAAAGAAGGUCCUAUAGAAUCAUCAAAACCCUUGCCUGAGAACUGGCCAUCCAAAGGCCGAAUUCAGUGGAAAAAUGUUUAUCUCAGUUACAAAAAAGACGACCCUGCUGUUUUGAAGAACAUUGACCUGAUGAUCGAGCCGGGCUGGAAAGUUGGAGUUGUCGGAAGAACUGGUGCCGGAAAAUCCUCCUUGAUAUCUGCGCUCUUUCGACUAGUCGAUGAUGGUCUUGAAGGGCAAAUAAUUAUUGACGGUGUAGACACUAAAACAAUUGGUCUUCAAGAUUUACGAUCGAGUAUAUCCAUUAUUCCACAGGAGCCUGUUUUGUUUUCCGAGACACUGCGAUACAAUCUCGACCCUUUUGGAAAAUACACUGACAUAGAAAUCUGGGACGCAUUGAGGGAAGUUGAAUUGAAUAACUUGGCCCUCGACCAAUGGGUCACCGAAGGCGGAACAAACUUCAGCGUUGGUCAGCGUCAGCUGAUUUGCCUCGCUCGCGCUCUGCUGAGAAACAAUCGGAUCCUAGUUCUCGACGAAGCCACCGCCAAUAUCGACUCUCGGACUGAUGCAUUGAUCCAGCGAGCUAUUCGCUCGAAAUUCGCAGAUUGUACAGUUAUAACAAUAGCUCACCGUUUGAAUACAAUCAUCAACAGCAACAGAAUUCUAGUAAUGGACAAUGGAUGUGCAGCGGAAUUUGAUACGCCUUACGAAUUGCUGAUAGAAAAACCGGAUAGCAUAUUCGCCAAAAUGGUCGAACAAACCGGACCAUCCAUGACUGCUAAAAUAACUUAUGAAGUAAUGGAGUUUCAUAACCAACAAACAAAUUUAUCUCUUAACUAAACCUGUUAUUGUUAGGCUAUAUAUACUUCUAAUGCAUCAGCUGAUGCUCAAUCAAACGUAUUCUAUUUUUUUUAUUUAUUACUACAUUCCUUGUAUCAUUCAUUUAUACUUUUAUAGCGUUCAAAAAUAUAGUAUUCUAAUUUACACUCAAUAUUACAAAAUUUUUUCGUCAUUGAUGUUUUUAUUAUUUUCUACCAGUGGAUCCUUGAAAUCGUAUUUUUUUUACCCUAAAGGAACUGAGUUCAAUAUUAUAAGAACUAUUCGAAUCUUCAAUUUAUCAAGAGGUUUCGAAUGAUACGAAUCAGAUCAAUAAACGUCUGAGUCAUCACCCGAUAAACAGGUAUUAUCAUUGAUAAAACGAUAAGAUAUAAACUUUCAUUUAUGUACAGAACAUUUGUUUGUUUGUAUUAAUAUCUUGAAUCAAUAAAUC